AUGGAUUUAUCGCAUGUCGACUUCUUUGUACUCGAUGAGGCUGACAAAUUGAUGGAUGACGUGUUCAGAAACGAUAUCAAACGACGUGCAGCUCAUCGGAAUCAAACAAUACGUCGUCACAAAAUGUUCGCCAAUGUUGGAAAAGUUGAUACAUGUGCUGAAAUCAAUUCGAUAUUAAAACAAAAUGGUGUCGAGAACCACUUCCGUGAUAACCAUCUUCCUGUGUCUGGAAAAGGAAAAGAUGAUAAGAAAAUGAAUCGGAUGUGGGACGAGGGAACCUAUUUCACCAAAUCGGAGAAGCCGAAGCCAAACGAGGAGCCAAAGAAGGAGCCAAAAACUGAUCAAACGCCAUCAGUAAAGAAGAUCAAGAAGUUUGAUCCAACAAAGCCAAGCACAUCCAAGGUAAGGAGCCCGUAA